UGUCCCGACUUUCACCGGUCUGGCCCUGAUCAGCGAUCCGAUGAUCGUCUCGGGGCGGACAAGGAGAAGUGGAGCGAGCGAGCGGUGACGUGGGCGAGGCGCAUAUGGGAUAUCUACCCUGGGGGUAGGGUACGUGUUGUUGUGCAGAGGUGCUGGAGACACUCACACGUCGGGGACCUUCUUGUGAUCUGUUGCUUUCCCCCGAACGGUCUUGCGCCCGCCUCGCUGCCUGCCUCUAGUCAUGCUGCUGAAAAAGUGACCUCAUGGCAUAACGCCGGCCCUUUCACAUGUCGUGACUUCAGUUUUGUUUUGGGCGGGGUUCGAUCAUCCCCACGCGGGUGAAGGGCAGACCCUGGCUUGCCCAGGUGUCCCGUGGUGUUUGAGAUACCAUUUCCGCGGGUGAUGUUGAAAAGCGACGGGAUGCUCUUGGUCGCCAAGAGCAGGAGAACGUGAACUCCGCAAUUUUGAGUGGUACCCUAAUUACCAGGGAGGUGGAACAGAAAGAGAGGAGGGGAGGUGGAGGUGUUGAGCGUUUACCACUUUAAAGGUGCCACAUACAUUUCAGUUCAAUGUUGAUACCUUGUUAACUAGGUACCAAAACAUGGAGAUUGGGAACGAAACCACCAGAGGGUGGUUGAUCUCUAUGGGAGGUCACACAACAAAAAUGACCUGCUCCACCUGAUCUGAUCCUGUGAGAAGGACCCAAAGAGCCAUUUCGGCAUCCAGCCAAGAUUGGCCUGGUCUUCGAAACAUACAAAACAGAGACACCCGCUCGUUGUGUCGAAUUCUUGAGCAUCACCCAAACCCCAACGACCCAGCUCGCAUUCACCAUCGUUUGAGACCGCCCAAACUCGUGGCCCAACUUCAUGGAUAUCACCCACCCCCAAACAAAAACACAACACCAACCACAACGGCCCCUCCCGUCGCCCCGGCCGCCGUCAACUCCUACACAAGGACUUUGGCGGGGUCCGCCCACCCCUACAAGACAAGCGCGGGCGAGUCGGCAGACGCCAACCUGGACGACUUCAACAUUGGCCUCGCGGCCAAGGUGCUCGCGUGGCGGGACUACGGCAAGGGCGGUCUUGUGAUUUCUGUUCCUCGGCCGCUAUGUGGGUAUCACUCCAACGCGACGUCCUGGUACAUGCUUAUAAUUUAGUCGCCGAAGGGGUGUUGCAAGACUUCAAUGUUGUGCCUGCAGGGCCAACUGGCUGUUUCAACUUUUCAAUGCUGGGUGUCUUGGAGCACCUAUUAAUAUCACGGGAGGCAGAUCCUUAAACAUGCCCGGGGUGUGCUGCAUUGGCACCCCCGGCGGGGCUGCUCAUGUCUGCAGAGGUGCAAACAAACCGUUGUCUAAUCUUGAUGAUGAAACCCAGGGUGCUAUCUUGAGCUCGGCAGCUCGGGCGCACCAUGGUCAUGGCACCAGCUGACACCAGCUCACAGCAACCCAACCCGCGACCUCCAGCUCGGGAAGCGCGCUUGCGCUGCCCUGCAGGUUGACAGCAGAGCUUGAGAAGCUGUUGAGUCCUUCAACGCUCAAGCUCAACUGGUGCGCCCUCACAGAUCUGCGCCGACAGUGUGUUGCGCAACCGGUGGUUGAAGGUGCCUGCCUGGUAACAUUGAAUGCACCCGUAACCCAUCCGACGAGCCCUCUGCAGCCGUUCGCUCGGAUGCCACAUCUCGUUUGGGGCGAGCAAUUGCGCGAUCCGCCGUCAAGCAGGGCUGCAGGGUCUCAUCGCCACAGAUAACCGCCGAUUGCAGAGUGGCAGUCGCUCAAAAUGCUGCAGCUGUGUCUGUUUUAAUUGUCGCUAUAAGAAAAUCGACAGGCAUUGUAGCGCUGGGGGAGCAGGGCAGAGGACCUAGAUUCUCUGCGGUGGUGUUGUGUUGUUCGGCAGCAGCCGGUGCAAGUUGCCACCCCAGUGCCCAGCUCGGUCUGCAGGCGGCAGGCGACAGUGCACCCUGGGGGCGCUGCGCAGGUGGCGGCAGCUGGCCAGCCCGCCUGUCUGUUGUGCGAGUCGCAUCAAAUUCAGCAAGAGGAUGCGAUGCAUCAACUGUUUCAGCACCUCUCAAGGCUAGCAAGGCCUCCUGGUCUGGACAGUUUUUUUUUCUUUCUUUCUUCUCGCACAUAUGCACCCGCAGCUGAGUGUUGGAGUUGAAGUCCAUGGCGGCAGCUGCAGUUGUGCUCGUAUUGCAUCUUCUACGAGGGGCGCAGUCGUUAUAAGCAUGUGCUAAAUGGGGAGGCCUGGCCGGGCCGCCCUGGGCAGAACUGGCAAGACACUUCUCAAUAGCGCAGGUGGGCUAUGUGACGUGUCUUGGCGGGUGGGCAGCUCGCCUUGUUGGGGACAACCGAGGGUGUCAUGCAGCAGCAGUAGGGCCCCCCCACCAGACCGUUCUGGUGCUUCCACGAUGGCUUCUGGAAGCUCUGGAGCUUGCUUCCCCCAGGGUCGGCCCCUAAAUCGGCCGCCGCCGUCCAGGUCUUUAAGGGUCCGUGUGGGUACCAGAGCGGGCUACAUUCUAGCACAUGUGUAUAGGAUGACAUGUAGCUCACGUCAUUGCCCUGUGGUAGAUGGGCCUAGCCGAUUCGAUUUGUUUUCUUUUUUGUUAUCGGGCUGCGAGGAGGAAGAGGCUGGUGUGACCUGCCAGGUGAGCAGUGAGCCAGGUCAGAAUGAACAGCCACAAAACUGACGGUGAGAAGUGGUGAGCCUCACAGGGCACCUGAACAGGACACGUGAGCCCGGUUGGGUGACGGAUUGGGUGACAGCCAGCAAGUUGGGUGACCUUGGGCUCCAAUACGAAAAAGAAUAAAAUAGAAAUCCGUGACGGGGAAUAGGGGCUUAAAUUGCCGUGCCCGCCAAGGAGAAGGGUGUGUCCCGUCGGUAUAUGCCAGUGGUGCCCCGGAUUACUGAGGUCCGACCGCGGGGGGGACCGUGGGCCUAUGUUUUUCUUGCCUGCCAGCCUGCCAGCCUGCCAGCCUGUCUUUUUUUUCUUUCUCUCUUUUGCCUCGUUGGACGGGAGGGGGGGCCUUGGUAAGAGAGUAAGCUUGAAAACCGGGGAAGGAUGCAGAAGCGUCGGAAACAUACUGUGACGUGACUCGGAUGCGUCAAGGUCUGGUCUGGCGAGGCCGCAUAUCCGGGCUGUUUGGCUGGACCAGAGUGCAGCAGAGACAAGCGACCAGAACCCUGGAGGCAAGAGUCUGGUCUUGUCUGGCCUGCCUGGCGGUGUCUGGCCAGCUGUUUGAAGACGCUUCCAAGGCUUCUCACCAGCUUCUGAUGGUCCGGAACCGAACCCUGGAGGGUCUGAGAUCGAGCCCCCUCUUGGCGCCCAGCCUGCCCCCUUUUGCGGCAGUAUGUACUGUGGCAUGUACCCAUGUACCCAGGUACCCUCGUACCCCAUACAUGGCCAGGGCUGCCACACCUCAGCUGGGCUCACACACACGCAGAAAGGGACCCUGCAGCCCUGGAGGGUGGAUGAGCUCCGGCUGCUACGGUAGCCACCCGUCCUGCCCGCCUGCUUGGCCCUGGCAGCCCUGGCCUCUUGCAUGCUGUCAGGUCGAGACUUUCCCGCUCAGAGGGCCCCCACGUCGAUCAUUAAUUAAUCAUGACCUAGGGCGACGCCACGCGAAAACGUUUUAAGGGUAAGCUCCAGAGCUUGCCUCGCCCGUGCCUGUGCCUGUGCCUGUGCCUGUGCCAGCUGGUUAUCUACCUGUAUACGUGUGUGUUCCCCCUCGGACCUGACUUGACCUGACGUGCCUUGGUGUUUCUCUUUCAUCCAUCACCAUCAUCAUUAUCGUCUUUCAUCAUCAUCACCCGCAAAAAGACUACACAGACAAACAAACAAAGCGACGGCGACGUUUCUGACUGACCAUUGAGCCUCGCCUACUCAGUACUCAGUACUCAGUACUUCUCAACCGCCUCCACCAGUGACGAGCACAUCCCCACUUCCUGCUCGAAUCCCUUACCAACAAACAACCAGCCUACCCUGUGACAUCAACAGCCGACACGACAACAUGUCCAUGAACCGGAUCGCAAGAGCUGGCCUCCGGGCCCAUAAUAAAACCUUGACACAGUCCACCAGCUUCAGCACCAGCAGCAGAGCCGUGGCCCUUGGCUCCUCGGGCGGUGUAUGCUCCACAUCGCCGUCCGCCUCGACAAAUAUAUACCGCCAGAAUGCUGCCCGCAGGACACAGGGCCUGCUGUCCUCCCCCUCCAGCAGCCGGCUGUCCUCCUCCUCCCAGCGCAACACCUUCACCACAUCCACAUCACAAGCCUCAGCAGCAGCAGAAGCCAUGGCCUCGUCCAAGCCCGCCCCCGAGCCGCUCAGGCUGAGCAACAAGAACCUGGCCCAGUUCGCGUCGUACGGCGGCGACGAGGGCCUGCAGGCGUCGGUGAUCCCGACCUACAGCCGCGAGGGCCUCAAGGAGGGCAUCGUGCACAUCGGCGUGGGCGGCUUCCACCGCGCCCACCUGGCCGUGUACAUCGACAACCUGCUGGGCAAGGGCGCCGGCGACGCCCGCGAGUGGGCCAUCUGCGGCGUCGGGCUCAAGCCCUUUGACGCCGGCAUGCGCGACGCCCUCGUGCCCCAGGACGGCCUGUACACCACCAUCGAGCGCUCGGCGGGCGGCAGCCGCGCCCGCGUCAUCGGCAGCAUCAACUCGUUCCUCUACGCCCCCGACGACGUGGCCGCCGUCAUCGACAAGAUGGCCCACCCGGACACCAAGAUCGUCUCCAUGACCAUCACCGAGAGCGGCUACUACUACAACGAGAACACCCACGAGCUGCACUCCGAGGACCCGGACAUCGCCGCCGACGUCGCCGGCGACCUGUCCUCGCCCAGGACCACCUACGGCUUCCUGUACGCGGCGCUCGAGAAGCGCAUGCGCGCCGGGCUCAGGCCCUUCACCGUCCUGUCGUGCGACAACAUGCAGAAGAACGGCACCAUCACCCGCAACAUGCUGCUGUCGUUCGCGCGCCUGCGCGACCCGGCCGUGGCCGACUGGAUCGCCGAGCACGGCGGCUUCCCCAACAGCAUGGUGGACCGCAUCACCCCGCGCACGGCCGAGGCCGACAAGGCGGACCUGGCGGCGCGGUUCGGGAUCCAGGACGCGUGGCCCGUGGUGACGGAGCCCUUCAUGCAGUGGGUGGUCGAGGACACGUUCGCGGGCGGCGAGCGGCCCGCCUUCGACACGGUGGGCGUUCAGGUGGUCAAGAGCGUGCACGAGGUCGAGAAGUUCGAGUGCCACAAGCUGCGGCUGCUCAACGCCUCGCACACGGCCAUGUCGUACAUGGCCUACCUCGCCGGCUUCGAGUACGUGCACAACGUCAUCGAGAACCCGACCUUCAACCGCUUCCUCUACCGCAUGAUGCACGAGGAGGUCGCCCCCUUGCUGCCCGAGAUCGAGGGCGUCGUCAUCGACGACUACAUCCGCCAGCUCAUGCACCGCUUCUCCAACCCCACCAUCAUGGACCAGAUCACGCGCCUCACCCUCAACGGGUCCGGCAAGCUGCCGCAGUUCAUCAUGCCCUCCAUCGCCGAGCAGAUCUGGGACUCGGGCGAGCACAACUUCAAGCGCCUCACCCUCGCCGUGGCCUCGUGGUUCCGCUACCUCGACGGCGUCGACGAGCAGGGGCGGCCCAUCCACGUCGACGACCCCAUGGCCGAGAGGCUGCAGAAGCUCGCGCGCGAGGGCGGCACCGACCCCACCCCCCUGCUGAGCGUCAAGAGCCUGUUUGGUGACGACCUGCGGGGCGACAAGAUGUUUGUCGAGGAGCUGGGCAAGGCGCUCAAGAGCCUGCACGAGGAGGGCGCCAUGGCCACCCUGGAGAAGUACGUCGACUAGGCGGCUCCUUGCCGGCUGGCUUGCUUGGAUUCACCACACCACAUACAUACAUACACACUACACCUGUUCUGGUUGAUCCGGAUGAUGAUCACGCCCGGGUCCGAUUCAUGAUAAGCGGUCUGGCUGUCGGCCCCUUUGAUCCAGCCCAGUCGGCUCGCCCGCCUGGGUGCUGGGAUCACCUUUCGCCACCUGGCACGCUCGUGCUGGUUGUGGUACCCACUUCACCCUGGUUACCCAGCACGCCGCGGGGAUGGCGUGAAUGAUAGGGGCAAAAGGUUUGAGACCUCCCGUUUUUUCAGGGGCAAAACCGACCGACUAUUGAGAGUGGCUGGGCGCCACCUUACGAUGUUGUAAUCACCCAUACACACAAAAAAAGAAGAAGAGGAGAUUAAGACAAGACAAGACAAGACAGACAGACAAACGGGUUAGACGAGACGGAGGAGAAUUGCAUGGCGUUUAGGGUUUGCCAGUUUGCCCAGCUUUGACGUCAUCCUCGCUGCGCUGAUAAGGGUUAGAUAUCUGGGCUUGGAUCGACCGAUUAGAGCUGUUUUGUUGGUUUGGUCUUUUUUGGGGGAUCUGGAUUUUGGUAGCGCCGAUAGAGAAUAGAACGAUACGCAAAAGAAAACACAAUUGCAUUGAA